ACCGCAAGGUCUGCGUAACAACAUACUUUGAGAUGCUAAAAAGAAAAGUUCAAAGCCACCUUGGGAAAAAAGGCUCUGAAAAGACACCUUUUAAAGUAAAGAAACAGACCCUGGCUUCUGAGACCGAAGAUGACGAAGCUGAGAGAACUUUGGAAAGACUAGUGUUUGGAGGUGAAGGCGAUGUGAUUAAAGAAAUUGAGAAGGACUUGGCCGAAGAUCGAGUUGCUUUUAGUUCAAAUGACGAGGAUGAUGACGAUGACGAAGAUCAAAGUGACAGUGACAGUGAUGAUGAUGAUGAUGAUGACGAUGACGAUGACGAUGACGAUGAUGAUGAUGAUGAUGAUAAUGAACUCCACUAUAUUACUAAAAAGAAUGAUAAAGAAAUCACCAAGGAGCGAAAGCCAGUGUGGGAAGAUGAAGCUGAUGAUGAAGAGAGAAUCGAGAUCACAUCAAUGUCACGUUUAAAAAAGUUACGGGAUACCGAAGAUGAGACAGUUAUUACAGGGAAAAAAUAUACUCAAAAGCUGAAACAACAGUUUCAGAAAAUAUAUGGUGAUGCAAGUUGGGCAGACCUGGACAAAAAGAAGAGGAAAGAUUCUCUUAGCGAAGAUGAAGAGGAAGACUUGAUACUACAGCGAGCAGGAAAUCUUCUGACUAAAAAAGCAAAUAAUCUUCCCCAUGGUAUUCUUGACAUCAAAAGAAUCAAAGAUGCAAAUAUUGAAAAACCGUCAAAUGCAACUUUACAGUGUGUGGAAUUCCACCCAAGUGCCAAGGUUCUUCUCACUGCAGGCUUCAACAAAACACUAGAUCUUUUCCAGAUAGAUGGACAGACAAAUCCAAAACUUCAGAGUGUAUUUCUUGAAAGGUUUCCCAUUCACACAGCUCACUUCAGUUCAGAUGGUGAACAGGUUAUCUUGGCCUCACAGAGAAGGUCAUUUUAUGUCUAUGACAUGAUCAAGGGAGAAGUGAUAAAAAUUCCUGAAAUAAGAGGUAGAGAGGAGAGAUAUUUUGAUAAAUUUCAUGUUUCACCAGAUGGGAAACAUCUUAUUUUUCUUGGUACCAAUGGCUACAUAAUUCUUCUUUCAAGCAAGACAAAACAGUGGAUUGGAAACUUGAAGAUGAAUGGCUCAGUGCAGUCAGUAGCUUUUAAUGCUGAUGGAUCUCGUAUGUUUACAGCAGGAGAUGAUGGAGAAGUGUAUAUUUGGGACAUGAACACUCGUAGCUGUGUGCAUAAGUUCAGAGACGAAGGGUGUCUCAACUCCACCUCACUGGCAGCAUCCAGAGAUGGACAGUACUUAGCUUGCGGAUCUGAUAGCGGUGUUGUAAACAUCUAUGACAAUCAACGUUUAGAUCAGACGCAACCAAAGCCAUUAAAGGCCAUCAUGAAUUUGACUACAAGCAUCAACAACGUUGCUUUUAAUUCUACAAGCGAGAUCUUGGCGAUGUCUUCAAGAGCGAGAAAAGAUUUGUUUAAAAUGGUUCAUCUUCCUUCACUUUCCGUUUUCUCCAACUGGCCCACGUCCCGUACUUCACUCAGAUACGUAAAUGCAUUCGACUUUUCUCCAAACAGUGGAUAUCUUUCCAUCGGUAACGACAGAGGCAAAGCGUUACUGUACAGAUUGAAUCAUUUCACAGACUCAUAGCAUGCACGACGUCCAUAGUCCCAUUCAUCAUGACGUUAGUUGAGCGGGUCCAUCACGGGCAGUGCUGCAGUGCACGUGCAGUUAGUCGAUCACGUGGUCGUUGUCAAAAGCUGAUUGCACACUGGGCGUUUCCCUGUGAUCACUCAGAAGGGAUGUGUAACGCGGUUGAUAGGUCUCCAGUGUUAUCACGGCGUCGGCCUGGUUAUUUCAACAAUCGUAAUUUUUGGAAUAUAACUGCAAUUUUUAACCGUCAAAACAGCUCACAGAAUAUUUGCCUCAUUGAACUCUGUUUGUGCCUGACAAAUUGUGCGUAUUUCGAUUUUUUUUGCCAUAUUUUGAAUUUUAACUGUCUGAAAAAUAACAAAUGAAGUACUUAGAUGUCUUAUUACUAGUGGCACCCUUUUUAUUUUCAAGGUAGGUGCCAUAUUGUUUACUUCUAGAAUUCCAUCAGAUAAAAUAAAUCUGUUCCUA